AUGACAGAGGUCCUCGGGCAAUGUGGCUCAAAUUCAUGGGAGGUUUUCCGAGAGUACGACUACAGAUCUUCUAUGUCGCCCUCUACCUAUGAUGUUGCACGGCGUCUUCUUUAUUCUAUUGUCACAGUGCGCUUGCCAGCUCCGGCUGAUCCUUCAAUCAGGAACUAUAUCCAUGCCGUGAAUGCUUUGGAGUCGCGACCGGAAUUUGAUUAUGACGUUCGGUUAGAUCGUAUGCUUUUCAACUCCGUUUGGGACUUUGCGCAGAGCCGCAUGGUGGCUUUGUCUCUUUCAAAUUGGGGUGGCACCCUGGACUUCAGUGUCGAUGAGAUCGUUGCCUCUGGAGAUCUAGUGCGUGACGGCAUGGCUUCUGCAGAGGGCCUUGGCACUGUAGACAUCCUGUUCGGUACCUACUACACAGUUGUCCCAGCAACAAUUGAAGGCUCCACACAGGUUGUCCAUAUCAUCCUGGCCAUCGAUAUUGACAUGAGGCGCGUCAUCACUAGUGUGCGCCUGCCAGUGACACUGGUUAACAUCCAGAUCAACUCGCUGAACCAUGAACUCUAUGGAGCAGGUGCUGACUACUUAAGCGGACAAUACGCCUACUAUCACAUUUGCACCUCGGAGAAUCUGACCCAGACGGUGAACAAUGUCACAACCAGACAGAUCUUAGUAGACUGCACACUUACGGAGCUUGGAGAGCUUCCAGCAGAGGUGAACCACCUGUACUUCCAAUCAGCUGCAAUUGACCAUCAGACCAACUACGCAUGGUUCACCUAUAAGGAGGCUUCGGCAACUGGCCGUCCGCGUAUCUUGGAGUACCACCAGACCAGCAGAGACUAUGUUGUUUGGCCCCAGGAGAGCCUGCCAGAGAAUGCAGUCUUCUCCUCACUGAUCCAAACAGCCCCAAGGAUCAUCUUCACUCUCUUUCCUCCUCGUUUGCUCUAUGCAAGAUUCAACACGGCUGGAACGAAAAUCUUUCUGGCCUUCGACGCGGCGACUUUGCGUGGUGCGAUCCCUAUUGACACCAAUUCGGAUGACAUUCCGGAUUCCUUCAAUGAAGCGGACAAGGCGACCAGAGCACCGUGCGACCAGUUUAUAGACCAGUUCACCAUGACUCUGAUCCCUGGAAGCAUGUGCCAGUGGACCAGCGAUGCUGAUUUCUACAUUGAGGUUGCCCAGACGUCUGUCAUUGCUCCUGGAGACUUGGCCCGUAUCAAAGCGGGAACGGUCUAUCGGGGCGAGCAGCUUCCAUCUGGAGUGUAUCAGUUCUCGCAGCCGUCUUCUGACUUUGUAGUGGUAGAAGCCCCGCUCACAAUACCAAAUCCCGUCGCUGAAAUUGGCGGCAUGACGUUCAUCGAUGUGUGCACAGAACUCACGCUGGAUGGCACGCAGUCACGGGACCAUGGCUUUAGAGGAUCCUUCACAUGGGCAUUGGUCCCCACCAUCCCCGAGCAGCCUGAGCCGCACCUGCGUCAGCUGGAAACAAUCAUCGAUGAUGCCAUGGCUGCAGCACUUCCAGUUGCUGCCCAAGUCCUGCGGAUUCCCUCGUAUACGAUGCAGGAAAACACGCUGUACAACUUCUCAUUGACCGUGCAGUCCUUUUGGGACCCGUCUCUGACUGACACGACAUACUUCAGUGUUUCUAUCUCCGCAGCUCCUGUGCCACCUAUGGAAAUCUUUGGCCCAUCCACCCGCGAGCAAAAGGUGGAAGAGCCACUGAGCCUCGUGUCAGAGAUUCUCAUGGACGGGUGUUUGGAGAACUUUGGGAGUGGUAGCUUCGACUAUGAGUGGAGAGCAUGUAAAAGGUCAGAAGCAAUCUUGGUGCAGGGAAGUACACUGGGCUGCAAUACGUGGGGAAGUGGCAUAGAUCAGACGAAAUUUUCCGGGGUGUCAUCGCGCUCACUGUAUGUGCUGCCGUUCGGACUCGACCUACUUGAAACCUACAUUUUCACAAUGUAUGGCCAGGUGACUGUAGCGAAUGGCCCCUCCGAAUUAACGCUCUCAAAUGUGGUGAGCGUCGAGGUUGAAGCAGUUCUUGGAAGCAUUCAUGUGUUCUACUACGGAGGAAAUGGCUUUUCAACCAGAAGGGAUCGUGAGAUUGUGGUGGAUUUCUCGCAAUCUGUGGAUGACUCCGACCCAGCUCGGCGCUGUGAAUUGAUUCUAGACGUCAGGUUGCGGAGGGACAUGGCAGAGCUGGAGAACGACAGAGCUCCAGUGAAAAAGCGGAAGAUCGAGGAUGCCGGGCUGAACGUGGAUCACAUCCUGGACCAAUUGCUGAAUGUCCGUAAAAGGCCGCCCAUGAACCAGACAGUUCGGAUUGACGAGGAAGUUGUCACGAAUUUGUGCAGGGUAGCACUGAACAUCUUCAGCAAUCAGCCCAUGCUUCUGGAACUGGAAUCUCCUUUGAACCUUUGUGGGGAUAUCCAUGGCCAGUUUCAUGACCUGCUUCGAAUCUUUGAUGCUAGAGGAUAUCCUCCACAGGAAAACUAUUUGUUCUUGGGGGACUAUGUUGACAGAGGGAAGAGAAGCCUGGAGACAAUUUGCCUUCUUUUUGCCUACAAGGUCAAGUAUCCAGAGAACUUCUUUCUCUUGCGGGGCAACCAUGAGGCACCUUCAAUUUGCAGGAUAUACGGAUUCUACGAUGAGUGCAAGUCGCGCUACAGCAUCAAGACUUGGAAAACUUUUUGUGAUGUGUUCAAUUACAUGCCAGCCUGUGCCCUCAUUGCAGACAAGGUGAUUUGCAUGCAUGGUGGACUCUCACAAGAUAUGAUGGAUGCAAACGUGGACUUGCGGAACAAGAUCAAUGCUAUGCAGAGGCCGGCCGACAUUCCAGACCAAGGAUUCCUUUGCGACCUGCUUUGGUCAGAUCCAUCUGAGAACACUGUCGGCUUUGGACCGAAUGACCGUGGCGUGUCGGUGUCCUUCGGUGUAGACACAGUCAACCAAUUCUUGAAGCUCCAUGACUUCGACCUGAUUGUAAGAGCACACCAGGUGGUGGAGGAUGGAUAUGAGUUUUUUGCACAAAGAGGACUUGUCACGAUCUUUUCAGCUCCGAACUACUGUGGAGAGUUUGACAAUGCCGCUUCCGUUCUCCACAUUGAUACGGACUUGAAAUGUGGAUUCUCCGCCUCAUUCUCAGAAUUCUCAGAAUUCUCAGCUUUGCGCAGCUGCGCAGCUACCUCUGGCUUUGACGUGAAUCAGUUCUGCCUGGCAAGCACCACAUCCUUGAUCUUUCAGCCCAACCUCUUUGAACCGGGCAGCUAUGUUUUUGUCACCAAUGCAUCCAAAGUCAUCAGUGGUGUGGAACGGGUGACUUCAACCAGUCUUUACGUCACGGUGCUGGCUGGUUCGGAAGUGGAUGCAGGGAGGAACCCGCUGCUGGCCGUCUUCUUGGACAGUCCUCAGGCUUUGCCAGUAUUCCCUGGCUCCACCAUUCGAUUGCGUGGAGAGGUCACGAACCCACAGAACGACACCACCUACUCUUUUGCUUGGUCAGCUUAUCGCUUUGGACUGAACCCGCAGUACAACUCGGAGACGGCAUCCGUGGAUCCAAACUAUGCUGUACAACAAUAUGCAUGGGCAGAACUUUCAGCUGUCGAGUUCAACAUCUCCAACCAGCAAGAGGUCAGAACUCCAUCAGACUCCAACUAUUUGGUCAUCGCACCUGAUGUCCUCUGGCCGGGAGUGACCUACAAGUUGCGAAUCACAGCGCUGGAUUCUUUCAUGCAAUCCCAGGAGCUCCAGGACGCCAGUGGAUAUGCUGAGUACACUUUUAGAACAACAGGCCUGCCGCCAUCAGGUGGUGUGAUGACUGCGUCCAACCUAUCCGGCAAUGCCCUGGAGACAGAGUUCCUGUUUAGCAUGACUGGCUGGGGAAGCGAAGAUCGUCCUCUGCGUUACCAGUUCAGCUACAUCCAGGACUUUGAGUCUCAAUUUGCAGAGCCUGUUGAGCUGACCAUUGCUUUCUCCGACCGCAACUUCAUCAAGACAAAGCUCCCCCAGGGUCUGGUGGGAAGCCAGAACCUGUUGAGACUCGUCGGAACCGUGAAGAGUGCUGUGGGCGCUGUUGCGACUGCCUAUGUGGAUGUCUCCGUGAACCCACCAUCGCAAGCUGCAAUCGACAGCUUAGCGGCAGAGGUGCCCAAUCUCGACCCAGAGACGGCCAUCGUCUACACAACUCUGCUUGCAGAAACACCUGCUAGGACAGCACUUCAGGCCUUCAGGUGUACUUAUUUGGUGGUCAACGCUGUGUUGGUGGCGUAUUUGUUGCGCAGCUGCAUCGGCAUCGAUGUGGCUGGAAGGAACUGCUCACUUCUGGUCAGAAACCUCAAGCCAGAGGACAGCAUUGUGCGGUCAUGCCUGCAAGAAUUGGGGGCUUACCGCAGUACCGGUCAGUCGAAGAUCGUAAGUUUGGGCACUCGAUGUCCGAAAGACUCCAGCAGUUUGGGCGGAGGUGAGACCAUUCAAUGGCCCUCCAUGUGCUCCGCGCAGCUUUCCACCAAGAAACUUCCAGGUCCUGACAAAGUUCUUGCUCAGUUGGUGGCUGUUCAUCAUCACGAGGUUCAGGCUUUGAGGCGGCAGCUUGACCAAGUCAUUCUCCCCGAGGCGACUGGCUGCAGCGACGUGGCAGAAGAGGCCGUUGGCGAGGCUCUGCUGAGCAGACCCUCGUUCUGCAGGGCUCAGUCAAAACUGGGCUUUGCAGAUCCAUGGGGUCCGCGCUCAGAACAAGAACCAGCAGUUCUUCCAUGCGGGGAGAUCACAAUUGAAGCCUUGGAGACAGAUGAAAGUGUGCAUAGUGUGCGAAGCGAUUUGGCGGAGGAGACGGGCAACAAUGAUGAGACAAUGCGGGCGCCAGCUCAGGAAAGUAGAGUGGCAAGACUGAAGCAGGCACUCCAGCAGAACGUUGAGCAGGUUGGUCUCAAGAGGAAAAGCAGGAAAAGGAUCCUAGCAUUAUCUCGCUCUCUCACCAUUGAGACCGAGGGCAAGAGUGAAAUGAGCUUGAAGCGCAUAGUCCAGCAUCCCGUCUUCGACAGCUUUGCCGCAGUGAUGAUCAUCUUGAAUUCUUUCCUGAUGGCAUGGGAAGCCGAGACACUGACCAUUUCACUGACGACGCCCGAUGUGUUGUCAAAUUUGAUGCUGGCCUGUAAUGUCUAUUUCAUUUUUGAGGUCAUUUUGCGCCUCUUGGGUCUUCGACGGCGUUUUUUCACUGAAGAAAGCAGGAGUUGGAACUUGUUUGAUUUGGCACUCGCAGCUCUGUCAUUGAUCGAUAUGCUGCUACUGUACAAUGAUGAGCAAGUGCGAGCGACAAAUGUGGUUGCUGGAGUCAAGACAUUGAAGAUGCUCCGAAUAAUUCGAGUCUUCCGAGUCUUUCGCUUCUCUUCAGCACUUGCCCGUGUAGCUCUGAUGAUAGUAGAUUCAAUGAAGUCGCUACUUUGGGCCCUUAUCAUGCUGGCCAUUGUUGUGUACGUGUUUGCGAUCUCUUUGACCACUGGUGCCGCUGACUGGUCCAAAGCUGUGGUUGGGGUUGACAAUCCUGCAUGGCUUGAGUUGGUUGAAGCAAGCGCAGAUCCAACGCUGGUGCAGAUGCACAAGCGCUUUGGAUCUUUGGCCAAGACAGCGUACACCUUGGUGCAGGCCAUGCUCGGUGGCAUCAGCUGGGGUGAGGUCUCAGAUUUGCUAAUGGAGAUCGAUGUGAUCUCCCCUGCACUUCUCCUCCUGUAUGUUGCAUUUACCAUGCUUGCAGUUCUCAAUGUGAUCACAGGAGCCUUUGUCGAUAAUGCCUUGCAGUUAGCAAGCCAACAACGUGACUUUCAAAUCGAAGAGCAGAUGGAGACAAAGGAAGAGUAUAUCCGCCAGAUCAAGGCACUCUUCAAGACCAUUGAUGAUGAUGGAUCGGGCGAAGUAAGCCGUUCCGAGUUAAGGGAAAUGCUGGAAGAUGCAACUCUGGCUGCGUACUUCCGUGUUUUGGGCUUUGAUACAAACGAUGCGGACAUGUUGUUCGACUUGCUGGACACUGAUGAGUCGGACUCAAUCAGCAUGCAGGAAUUUCUUGAUGGCUGCACUCGACUGAAAGGUUCUGCGCGGAGCAUGGACGUCCAUGCAGUUCUGGCAGAAUGCCGAAGAAUUCGAAGAACGCCUAGUCCCAAGACAGUCAUAUCCAGCCGACCUUUUAUGGCAGCGCAUGGCAGCAGCAUUGUGAUUGCUGGGGAAGCUGCAGGCCACUUGACCCUCUGGGUUUUACAUUCUGGUCGCUGGUACCAAGUGCCCGCAGCAGGUGCCCCAGCGUGGACCGGGAACUUCGCGGCAAUUCUCUGCGGCGAAUGUAGCAAGGCUUCUCAAAACAAAGGAAACAAGCUCUUGGUCUUCGGAGGUGAAAGUUGCGGAACCGGUCGAGGUCACAACUCGCUUUGCAGCGGAGGACUUUGGUCUCUGGAUUUCAUUCUGCAGCCCUCUGCGAUCCUGCAAGGGACACUCAGGCGUGCAUUGCAGGGUUCAAGAAGAGCUGCCUUGCCAGAGGAGGCAUUUGAGGCCAUUGUGGCCUUUGCAAUGGGGCACUAUCUGGAUGUCAUGGUGACCGAGUCUGUGGAUUUGAACCUAAUCAAAGCAGAUGGCUCUCUGGGUUCCUCGACCUCCAUCGAUAUUGCUGGUAGCUUGUUCACUGCAAUUGAUGCCAUCAUGCCUGGUGUGGUGCCUUCCCAGAAUGCAACGGCUCGACGGUUGGAGGGAGAGCACUUCGUGGGUGGAAUGGUCCUUGCAGACUGGCCAUUGCGGCAGUUGCAGAGUGUGGAGACAAGAACUUUCGAAGAAAUGUACAACCACUUCCAGAGUGCGAAUGUCGUCAUGGGUAUUCUGGCUUUGGUCAUACACAAACAGCUGUAUCCUGCAGAGGUGCCGCUUAGCUUUUUUCUCCCUGGCCAAGACAUCUAUCUAGGAAAAUCGUUUACAAAUGUGACAGUGGAGAACAUUGCACCUAUCACUGAGCUGUUUGACGUUCCAAGCCUAGAGAGACCUGGCAUGCCGUCCCAGUACAACUACAGAUACAUACAGUUCAAGAAAUUUCCCUAUGAUUUCCUCGUCAUGCCCGGCAACCAGACCCUGGGCCCACCUCCACCUGCGAACGAGACCAAUCCUGAAGUAGCAAGUUUAGUGCCAACCCAAGUCGUCAACGCAAGCGAGAGGCUUUGGCACGCAGUCUUGCUGACAGUCACCGAUGAGGACGGCAACGAGAGCCUGAUUGAUAGGUCUUUGGUGAAUGCAACUUUUUCGAUGCUGCCAAAGAUUGCAGCGUACGAUUCUUCCAGCUAUGGCAAUGUGCUGAACCCAUCAACUUGCUACUGGGUGGACCUUGCGAACGGCAACUUCAGUGAAGCUGCGUUUGACUCACGGGGCUCAAUCUUUAGCGAGGACUCCUGCAUUACGAUGCAUACUGACUUCUUUGCGAUUUUCGCGGAUGAUCUUGCAGCUCAGCUCGAAAUUGUUCAGCAAGAACCCGGAGAGUUCCUGAGCCAGUAUGAUGAGGAGUUCACAACAACGGCCAAUGUGGUCACCGCUACCUUGGUACUGGUUGCAUGCGCUGGUUUCGUGAUGGUGUCAGUCUAUGUGGAUGAGCACGAUGCAGCCAACAAAGUCACACCGCUGGACAGCCUGAAAACACAAGUGAUCGAUCGGCAGGAUCCCAAAGAAAAAGUGUUGGGCACACUUUUUCAAUCAAUGAGGCGAAAUCACCUAGUGAUCGGCUGGAAUUAUUUUCACCUGAAGCUGACCCGGGUUCGUCGAGCCGGCAUAUUCAUCACUGCAAUUUUUGCAACAGAGGUGGGAAAUGCAUGGAAUUGCAUGGAAAUAGUGCGAAUGUUCAUCGAGCUUCAAAUCCAUGAGAUGCUUGUACGGCUUGGACGUCAGCUGUGCAUCCUUCUGUCGUUUUGCAUAUUUCUUUGAGACCAUUUGGCUAGAUUAUCGCGUGGUCAUCCGACCUUUUCCCAAUGGAAGAUGUUGUAUUUCAUUCUAGCCUAAGCAGCCCGGUGCAGACCCUUCCUGCCCCUGGCAACGCUAAUUAACCCAGGCCCUUGCAGUUCUGCAGCAUUCCCUCUUGGCCUUCAAGGUAGGAGCGGAGAUUUUGCAUUUUCCACUCAGCAGCAUCAUGUUUUUGGGAAAAUUUGAGGGAAUAAAAAGGUGCGGCAAGGGCAGAGAGUUGUAGCGGACAUUGACUCAACCUUAGGCUGGGUUAGGGCCGAGAUAGGGGUCAAUUUGUUUUUCUGGAUCAAAAAAAUAUGCUGGAUCAUAAAAAAUAAUCCGGAUCAAAAAAAAUAAAUGUUAUAUGUUUGAAUAGGAAAGAAG